ACGUCACUAUCAAAGGCGUCCCUCUGUCUUGGUGGCGAGUGGCGGAGCGAAUGACUUCGGCGGCAGUUCUAGGGCCGCCAUCGCCAUGGUCAGAACCACCGCCCUCCUGGCCAGCCUCGCCGUCCUGCUGGGGUGCUGCGCGCUCGCGGCAGAAGGCGCGGACGACUGCGGGGACUGGUCCUUCACCUGCGGCAAUGGCGAAUGCGUGGACGUCGGGGCGCGCUGCGACGGCCGGCCGGACUGUUCCGACGGCAGCGACGAGGCGAGCGGCGCGUGUCUAGUCAAUGCAGUGGCGCUGGCCCUCGAUUACCAGGCCUACCUGACCUUCUCCUUCGACGAAGACUACGUCGCUGUCUGGGUCCUGUCGUGCAGCGAGACGGCCUGCUCCAGGGUGUACGUGGACGGCUUCGACUCCCAAGGCAGGCUGUCCUACGCAGCGGGAAACAAGUGCAACGCCAAGGGCUUCGACUGCACCACAGAGUCAUCGCACACACCUGCGAAUUCCAAUGAGCUCCAGUCUGGAGAUUACACCCUGGUUGCCGAGCGCCAGUCUGCAAAGUUGUAUGUGUGGCUGCAGGGCCACCCCGACAAGCCCAUAGCAGUCUCCAUAGACGAGUCCCAGACUCAGGUGCGAGUGCGACCCGAUCUCUGGAAGAACAAUAUGCGUGUGAAAAUUAGCGUGAUACCCGCAGUGAUACCCGCAACGACGGAAGCGCCAUCGACUUCAGAAAACCCAGCGACAUCACCUGCUGCUUCACCAUCUGACGAGCCAGCGACGUCACCUGCCGCUUCACCAUCAGAUGAGCCAGCAACAUCUCCUGCAGCUUCACCUUCUGACGAGCCUGCAACGUCCCCUGCCGCUUCACCUUCUGAUGAGCCAGCAACAUCUCCUGCAGCUUCACCUUCUGACGAGCCAGCGACGUCUCCUGCCGCUUCACCUUCUGAUGACCCUGCAACUACCCCUGCCGCUUCACCUUCUGUUGAGCCAGCGACCUCUCCUGCCGCUUCACCAUCUGAUGAGCCAGCAACGUCACCUGCCGCUUCACCUUCUGAUGAGCCAGCAACUACCCCUGCCGCUUCACCUUCUGUUGAGCCAGCGACCUCUCCUGCCGCUUCACCAUCUGAGGAGCCUGUAACUACCCCUGCCGCUUCACCUUCUGAUGAGUCUGUAACUACCCCUUCCGCUUCACCUUCUGAUGAACCAGCAACAACCCCUGAGGCGUCCCCUUCUGAUGAGCCGGUGACGACCCCUGUCGUGUCUCCUUCUGAUGAGCCUGCAACAACCCCAAAUGUUUCACCCUCUGAGGAGCCAGCUACAACCCCUGUGGUUUCUCCCUCCGAGGGGCCAGUAACAACCCCUGAGGUGUCUCCCUCUGAUGAGCCAGCAACAACCCCUGAGGUGUCACCAUCUGAUGGACCAGCAACGACCCCAGAUGUUUCUCCUUCAGAGGAGCCAGCAACAACCCCUGACGUGUCUCCUACUGAGGAACCUGCGACCCCUACCCAGGAGUCGACCACAGAAGAGGCAACGACUGCCACCGCGGCCCCCACCCCCGCCCCCUGGCCUCCAAGGCCGGUGCCGACCUCCUGCACGCCCGAAAUGGCGUCCCUGUUCAUCCCCGUGCCUGGGCAGUGUGGCUCAUACCUCUGGUGCUACUCGGGCAGGAGCGCUCUGAUGAGGUGUCCCAGCACGUUGAGAUUCAGCUACCAGCAGCAGACUUGCGACUGGCCACGCAACGUGGAGUGCCCUGCAACUCUUAAGCGCAGUUUGAGAGCAGAAGGAACAACUGCAGAUGACUCUGCCACAACACCAGAAGAGCUAAGAACAACCGAUGACUCCACGACAUCCGAAGAAUCGACUCAAACCGACUCUACCGCAGAAAACGAGACAACUUGGUCUGACGUGUCAACCACAGAAGAUUCAAAUUCGACCACCGAGGUGACCGUGGUGCCUGCCCCCGUCUGGCCCCCCGUGCCCGCACCGACGUCCUGCACCGGGGACUUGGAGUCCCUGCUGAUCCCUGUGGCCGGGGACUGCCGCAAGUACGAGGCGUGCUAUUCGGGAAGAAGCAAGGUCAGGCCCUGCCCCAGCAUUCUGCUCUUUAAUUACCAGCUUCAGACGUGCGAUUGGCCGAGAAACGUCAUUUGCGAGCAGUGACGUCAGAGAUAAGGCGACCACCACGAGCAAAUCAAUAUCCCUAAGUGAUUUCGUCGAGAGGACCUAAUCUACUUUAUUCCUCGAUUCGCAAUUUCCGUGCGCGGCUUUUCAUGUUAUUGUCUGUCUUCUGAAGUACUGUUGAAGGAGAUUGAUUGAAUAAAUAGUUAUGAUGA